AUGCCUAGGGGGCAGAAAAGCAAGCUCCGUUCCCGGGAGAAGCGCCGCCACAUGCAGAGUGAGAUUCAGAGUGUCCAGGAUGCUCCAGCCACUGCUGCCGCCAUGGCCGAAGAAGGAGAGCCUUUCUCUUCUUCCCCUCCCAGGUCCAGUGCUAAGAGCCAAGAUGGGAAAAGAGCAAGCGCUUCUCAGGCGAGGAUUGCCACUGGUAAUUCAUGUGUUAAUCCUCUAGAUCAGAAGGCGCUUUUGUUGGUGCAAUCUAUGCUGCGCAAAUAUAGCAUGAGAGAGCUGAUAACAAAGGAAGGCAUGCUGAGAUAUGUCACUAGAAAGUACAAGAUGCACUUCCAUGAGAUCUUCCAGAAGGCCUCUGACUUCAUGGGGCUAGUUUUUGGGAUCUUUGUGAAAGAAAUUGACCCAAUUAGGCACCACUAUGCCCUUGUCAGCCAGUUGAGUCAAAUCGGUGAGCCAGAAGUGAAUAGCGAUGAUAUAAUGCUGCACAGUGGGCUCCUGAUGAUUAUCCUGUGCGUUAUCUUCCUGAAAGGCAAUGAGGCUCCCGAGGAAGACAUCUGGGAGGUGCUUAACGUGAUAGGCAUCUUUGCUGGGAAGAGCCACUUCAUCCUUGGUGAACCCAAGCAGCUCAUCACCCAAGAUUUGGUACAGGAAAUGUACCUGGAGUAUAAGCAGGUACCUAACAGUGAUCCUCCGCGCUAUGGGUUCCUGUGGGGCCUAAGAGCACAUACAGAAAUCAGUAAAACGAGAGCUUUCGAGGUUUUCUCCAAGAUUCACAACACAGUGCCCACUGCCUUCCCGGCAUGGUGUGAAAGCGCCUUGGGAGAUGAGGAAGAGAGAACACGAGCCAGAUUUACUGACAUGCUUCCUAUUAGUGUACAAUGUGGAGUUGAUUUCAACAGUUUUUCUGAUAGUAGAAUCUAA